AGAAAGAAAUUAAUUAAUAUUUGAAUAAUAAAUUCUCUGAGAGUUUGGUGAACCCAUUUUUCUGUGGUGUACACCUGUACAAUCUAUACGUAUACAAAAACUGUACGUAUAUAAUCGCAUAGGGGGGUGAAUGAAUUCCAAUUGGAUUUUGAAGAAUCUAUUUACCCUAAAACCCUAGUUUGCUUACUGUCUCCCCGCUCGGAACCGAUUUUGACCAAUUUCAACUGCAACGCACAGUAGAUCAAGAACUCCAAAAUCUGAGUCGAUCAUCAUGGAGCAACAAGGAAACGGACAGACUCCUUAUGGUGUACCCCCAUAUCAAGCCAACCAAAUAACUAGACCCCCUGCACCGGCGGGCUCCACUCAAACUGCCCCCCCUCCUACCCAAAUGGCCCCCACCCAACACCAGCUUGCCUACCCGCACAUAAACCCUCAGCAGCAGCAGCAACUGCAGCAGCAGCUCCAAAGCUUCUGGGCAAAGCAGUACGAGGAAAUCGACCAAGUGACAGAUUUCAAGAACCACAGCCUUCCAUUGGCCAGGAUCAAGAAGAUCAUGAAGGCUGACGAGGAUGUAAGAAUGAUAUCUGCCGAAGCUCCAGUGAUCUUCGCCCGAGCCUGCGAAAUGUUCAUACUCGAGCUGACUCUUCGGUCGUGGAACCACACGGAGGAGAAUAGGAGGAGGACUCUGCAGAAGAACGAUAUUGCAGCUGCUAUUACAAGGACUGAUAUAUUCGAUUUCCUUGUGGAUAUUGUGCCGAGGGAGGAUUUGAGAGAUGAAGUGCUUGGAUCUAUGCCAGCUGGACCUGUUCCUGCAGAAGGGCUUCCUUACUAUUACAUGCAGCCGCAGGUGGGGGGCCCACCGGUUGGUGGUCCGGGGAUGUUUGUGGACCCCACGAUGUACGGUCAGCAGCCACCUCCUCGUCCUUAUAUGACUCAGCAGAUGUGGCCGCAGCAGCCUGCUCCACCUGGAGAUUCUUGAGAGAAGAAGUUUCUGGAUUUCCGAGGAGAGCUAGAGGAAGGGUUAGUCAGGCGCAUGCAAUACCUUAAAUUUAUGGAAAGUGUAGUUCCUUGCAUUUUGUAAUAUCUAACUUUGGCUUAUGUGUUGAAACUCUUAGGAUUAAAUGUCUCAACUCUUGACAAAAUGGGAUCUUGUGCUUUAUUUAUAAUUACAUUUUUCGCUGGUUGUUUUUUUCUGUU